CUGGAUGAUGAGAAGGGAGAGGGAAGACUUCCCGAAGUCAAAUACAACCAAAAAACGUCACUAUCAAGCGCCAGUAUUCCAUUCCUAUUCUCAUUUCUCUUUAAAUACAUACCCUAAUUUGCUUUUAUUUUCUCUCUCACCUCUAUCUUCUCCCCCCUCCCCUCCCCUCCCCUCCCCUCCCCUGCUUCCUGUUCUUCUUCCUCCCCUGCUUUUUUCCCUCUGCUCAACGUCUCUGCUUCGCUGCUCUGUUCUGCGGCCAUGGGAACCCAAGUCCCAGCUGAUGACUACAAAAACAAUACGGACGCGGAAAGAGCGAAGGCGAAGGCAAUAGACGAGUGGCUGCCCAUAACAUCAUCAAGGAAUGCAAAGUGGUGGUACGCCGCCUUCCACAAUGUCACCGCCAUGGUCGGCGCCGGCGUCCUCAGCCUCCCCUACGCCAUGUCUGAGCUUGGCUGGGGACCAGGGAUUUGCAUUCUGGUGCUUUCAUGGAUCAUCACUCUGUACACACUAUGGCAAAUGGUGGAGAUGCAUGAGAUGGUUCCAGGGAAGAGGUUUGAUAGAUACCAUGAGCUGGGUCAGCAUGCAUUUGGUGAGAAGCUUGGCCUGUGGAUUGUGGUGCCCCAACAGCUCAUUGUUGAGGUGGGUGUCAACGUUGUGUACAUGGUCACUGGAGGCAAGUCCCUGAAGAAGUUUCAUGACACAGUCUGCCCAGACUGCAAAUCCAUCAAGCUCACCUUCUUCAUCAUGAUCUUUGCCUCCGCUCACUUCAUCCUCUCCCACCUCCCCAACUUCAACUCCAUCUCCGGCGUCUCUUUGGCGGCAGCAGUCAUGUCCUUGAGCUAUUCUACCAUUGCUUGGGGUGCUUCUGUGGAUAAGGGAGUUCAGCAAGAUGUGGACUAUGGCUACAAAGCUACAACCACAGCAGGAACAGUCUUCAACUUCUUCAGUGCCUUGGGGGAUGUAGCCUUUGCCUAUGCAGGCCACAAUGUCGUGCUGGAAAUCCAAGCAACCAUCCCUUCUACUCCUGAGAAGCCAUCCAAGGGACCGAUGUGGAAAGGAGUGAUAGUUGCCUAUAUAGUCGUCGCUCUGUGCUACUUCCCGGUUGCACUAGUUGGGUACUAUGUGUUUGGGAAUGCAGUCGAAGAUAACAUCCUCUUGUCACUGGAAAAACCUGCUUGGCUUAUCGCCAUGGCUAACAUGUUUGUCGUCAUUCAUGUUAUUGGAAGCUAUCAGAUUUAUGCUAUGCCAGUGUUUGACAUGAUAGAAACUGUAUUGGUGAAAAAGUUGAAUUUCAAGCCCAGCAGAUUUCUUCGAUUUGUCACGCGAAAUAUCUAUGUGGCAAUCACCAUGUUUAUUGGCAUUACCUUUCCCUUCUUUGGUGGGCUUCUUUCAUUCUUUGGAGGCUUUGCCUUUGCCCCGACAACAUACUUCCUUCCUUGCAUCAUGUGGCUUGCCAUUUUCAAACCAAAGAGAUACGGUUUAUCUUGGUGGACAAACUGGAUUUGCAUCAUACUUGGCGUUCUAUUGAUGAUUAUAGCACCUAUUGGGGGACUAAGGCAGAUCAUAAUUCAAGCAAAGACCUACAAAUUCUAUUCUUAAGGUUGUCCUCCACACCCAGAAGAAGCAUGUUGCAGUGAAUGCCAAAAGAGAGAAAAAUACUAUGAAGAAGAUGGAAAGGAAAUACUAACAGAAGGAAAGAUAAGGAUGAAGAUGAUGAUAUUAUUGCAGAAAUGACUGAAAAACAGUUGGUUGAUUCAUAUAGCAAUCAACAGGGCAUCAAGAGGUCACCUUGCAAACAACAAAGGAAAUUACUUCACCGUUUCCCUCAUUUAAAUUGGUCAUCUGUGAAUGCAUAUAUGUAUCAGUCUUCUCCUCUUCCUGUUCUUAGCAUAUGUGAAAUGGUAGUGUGGAUUUUAGUUCUUCCUAAUACUGAAAAUGAUACAGAUGACAUUCGUUUUACUAUUA